UAGGUCUGUUUCCUUUAGUUCCAAACCGGGAAUGUGACUAAAGAUAACUGCAGCACUUUUACAGAGUAGGCUACUGAAGGACUGACGGGGAAUGGCACACGUUUGCUUUUCCUGUACAGCAGCCAGGCAGAUGAACUCAUCAGGUGAUACUGAGCCAAAGGAAGCCAGCAGACCCGCAGGCAGUAGCAGGAUCCUUGCUUUAACUAUAUGCAGUGCUGCUAUCGGAGGUACGUUCCAGUACGGCUACAACAUCUCAAUCAUCAAUGCUCCUGCCAUCUACAUCCAGAGCUUCAUUAAUGAUACCUACAUGGAGCGCUGGGGCACUAGCUUGAACACCUCACAGGUGACUCUGCUGUGGACUAUAAUUGUGUCAGCCUUCUCACUGGGGGGGUUGCUUGGUGCUCUGUUAGCAGGGCCCAUGGCAGUUCACUGUGGGAGGAAGAAAUCACUGCUUUUGAACAAUUCCUUCCUUUUUGUUGCUACUCUGCUUGUGCUACCGUGCAGGAUGGCAAAAUCAUUUGAAAUGAUCAUCCUUGCACGAUUUCUGGUGGGGAUGAACUCUGGUAUAAGUAUGAGUGUUCAGCCUAUGUACUUUGGGGAAAGCGCCCCCAAACACCUCAGAGGUGCCGUGGCUUUCUCCUCUGCUGUUUUCACAGCAUUUGGGAUUUUUUUGGGUCAGGUUGUGGGACUCACAGAGCUCCUGGGCACAGAGCCUUACUGGCCCUACUUACUAGCUAGUAAUGCUUUGCCGGGGUUGAUCCAGCUGCUUACCCUACCCUGGUUCCCUGAAAGUCCCAGAUACCUGCUCAUUGACCGGGGAGACAAGAAGGCAUGUGUUCGAGCGCUUCAGAGACUCCGUGGCGGAGAGGCUCCUGUCUUGGAGAUGGAGGAGAUUAUUCAGGAACAGCAGCAGCAACAGUCGGUGGCUUUAAAUUCUCAAUCUGCAGCUUCUUCCAAGACUCCCUGGUCCCUGUUUAGGGAUCAUGACCUGCGAUCCCAGCUCAGAACAGUCAUGGUUGCCAGUAGUGCCAUGAUGCUCUGUGGAAAUGAUGCCAUCUACUUCUAUGCUUCCUAUAUCUUUCUCGAAGCAGGGAUCCCUGCAGAUAAAAUCCAGUACGUCACCAUUGGCACAGGGGCAUCUGAGCUAACUGCUGCUAUACUAAGUAAUCUCUUAAUUGAACGUGCUGGCCGCAGGUACCUUAUUGUUGGAGGGUACAGUCUUAUGUCAUGCUGGACAAUAGUGUUCACUUUAGCUCUUAUCCUGCAGAGCUGGGGGGUGGCAGGAAUGCCCUACCUCAGCAUGGCAUGUAUUUUCGCCUACAUCCUUAGUUUUGGUUUGGGCCCCGCAGGGGUGACUGGGAUCCUACCAGCUGAGAUCUUCGACCAGGCAGCUCGACCGGCAGCGUACAUGGUCGCUGGCUCGCUUAUGUGGAUCAGCUUAUUCUUGUUGGGCAUGUUGUUCCCCUUUAUUGUCAACGGCUUGGGGAACUUCUGCUUCAUCCCUUUCUUGGCUGUGUGUGUGGCAUCCGCUGUGUUCCUGGGGCUCACUUUACCAGAGACUAAGGGCAAGACACAGGCUGAAAUUAAUGCAGUGUUUGAGAGAAAAAAUGGAAGGAAGAGACAGAAACAAGUGGAUCAGCCCAUUAAGGAUCACUACCAGUUGGGCGCAUCCUACUCCUUGUCUAGCCUAGUGCAAGAGCCUCACCCUGACCAGAAGAAUGGGGAUGGAAACCUGCUCUAGUAAAAGUGGAGACGAAACGGGUUCUGCCUUUGUGGUCACUUUCACAGUUGUGUAGAUUACUCCAGAGUUGAUCUGUGAAUGAUGAUCUCUGCAUAAUGGCCAAUAAUUUGAUUAUGGUUUCAUAAGCAAAAUCAUUUAAUGCUUUGUAUCUGUUUAACUGGGAGUAAAAUAGAAUGUCCUGGCCAAGCAGAUGUGCUGUGCUUAACUCACUGCUCAAACAAGAGAGAAUUGACUUGCGUUUAAAAGAACACAAGAGGCUCUUCUAUAGUCUUUGCUGUUACAAUAAAUCUAUACAGUAUUGUUAGACAAAAGGCAUCCUAACAGUUGAUCAAUGCUUUUAAAAGCAACGAAGGCUCUUUUCUCUAUAAGAAAUCUUGCGUGUAGUAUAAGAGCAUAAAUGUAAGCUGAAUAUAAAAUUGCCUUGACAAUAACAGAGGUGUUUGCAGUAGAGUGGGUAAUUAUUCCAGUUGCAUGUAUUAAAAGGUUGCCCACCUUAAUGGGACACUUACUCUGGGUAGAUAACAAUGCUUAUGUAAUCUCAUUAUCAUGUAUCAGGUUGAGUGAUCCCUGCUUGUCUAUUUUUCUAGUCUGAUCCGACUCUUUAAACACCUCAGAGCCAUGUUCCACUUGUUCAAUUUCAACACACCCAAAGUGUCUCUAACUUGUUUUUAUCUCUUUAAACACCUCAGAGCC